CGUCUCCUCCAACAACCACACUCACCCUCAACGCGCGUCUUGGGGACCGCAACCGCCUGAUACGCACCCUCGCUCUCCAUCUGGACGAACCUUAUCUCAUACCCCCAUAUCUCGACGUGCGCAACCCUCUUUCACCGUGAUCGAUGCCCAAAGCAACCACGAGAUAAUCACGGCCAAGCCCUCUACCAGCCGCAUCAACUGCCUCACGUCACCACUUGACGUGCGCUCCACCCUCGCCUUGAAAGAAAAUCGCACACUCUGAAUAGGCUCUCUGCUUCGGUGCCGUAUCGCUCGAACCUACGACCUCCACAAAUCCAAUUGCGGCUCGUUGCGCCUGCCUUCUUUCAUCACCUUCCGCCGCGUGGGCCCAGUUUGUCUACCGCAAGAUACAGUCGGCGCAUACCCCCACGCGAGCGGAGGGAGACAAGGGGAAGGCGGCGGACACUGUCCGGAGCGGUGCGCACGCCCAAGGGCCGGAAGAUCCGGGACGGACUAUGCCAGGCCUCCUCGUCAUGAAUUCGAGCGGCGCGAACGCAAAAGAGGGAGACAGCCGGAAGCGCACAUAUGAUGGAAGACUCGUGAAUGGGGACCGCUCUCCCCACCCACCAAUACCUCCUGUCAAUGGCGCAAGCGACUCCACGACCAUGCAUGGCCCACCUUGUACGGCCCUCUUUGCCAGGCUGGCGGAACAACUGGCCGAGAUGCCCGAGGAAAUUGCUCGGAUAGACCUUGAUGCGUUUACCCCGCUCGCCAAGUUGUAUGAACGCGCUGCGCAAGAGUGUUUCGUCGAACUGAAUGAUACCCUUCAGAGUAUGGCGGAGUUGCAACAGCAGCAGCAGCCCAAUGGUGUAUUGACCAACGGCGUGGGAGCCCAUGUGAACGGCCACCCGGAUAACUCAGAAGGCAACAAGCGGAAAAGGAAGAUGCUGAUGGACUUCGCACAGCGCAAUCGGGCCAGAUUCAUCAAACUCCUCGUACUGACCAACUGGGCGGAGAAGUACGGGCUGCCGAUAUUCAAGCUUGUACACAUCUGUGGAUGGACUAGAGCUCAAGAGUGGGCGCAAGAUCUGGCAGAGGACCGGUUCGGGGGACUCAAGUUCUUCUCUUAUGGCCUUGUCGAACGCAAUCCCGAUAUUCGCACCGCUCUCGAAAUCCUGUCCAAAGGCAAAGCGGAUUGGAUACCUGAUAUGGGGUUGAUUCCGCCCGAACCGUUAUCACCCAGUCAGGCACUCAAGCUGUUCAGACACCUAGACACAACCACCUCCAUACGGCUCAUGACCGCCGAGGACCUUCCGUGGUAUCUCAAAAAGUGGCGCGUCCGGUCGGGUCGUGCUACGUUCACAGUUGAUUCCGAGUUUGAAAUGGAUCUAUUGACCUUCACUGAAGAUGCUUCUGAGCCAUGGUGGUUCACCGAUUUACGCUUCCUCUUCUUUCCAUCCCCGAACAUCCCAUACACAUCCGCCUUCUUCCGCCACCUGAAAUUCCAGCUCGACUACACGCUACGCGAAUUUGGCCUCAAAGGCUGUUUUGAUUUCCUCCAUGACUUUGUCUUAACGCACAAGAUAGGUGUGCUCAAGUCCCAAGCCCUGGAGCUGGUGCGAAGUGGUUGGGCGGGGUUCAUCAAGGUUGAACCCGUGCACCGCGGCCUGGUGGUGCAAUACUGGAUGCAUCGGCCCGGGAAAAAAAGCUGGAUUGAGUUUGGCAUUGCGAAGAAUAGGCCAAAAAACGGCAAGAUUACAUGGCGCGGGGAACCCAUAUCGUCACUGCAAGUUCGAUGGUUCCGUCAGGGGCAACUUGUCAAGGAUGUGGAUCUCAACUUCGAUUUUACUCGUCUAUCAUUGGAGCGUAUGCUCAAGAGGGUCAUCUCUCUGCAUAUCGCUAGCAUUCUACGGAACACGAGAGACGGUUUGCCCCCCAAGAUGACAGCGCAGGCAUCGCUGUCCGGAUGGGACCCUGCUGAGAACAAGCUUGAAGUGUCUCUCGGACGGCAGAGCAACAGCACCACCGUCGGCAUCGAACCAAUCACCGGACAGUACAUCUUACGGCCGCGCACGGCAAUGGCAGCGAGAGCGGAACAUGCCAUCAACCACCUCAAAGAUCCUACAGCUUCUAUAUCCUUGUAUAUCACUCAACUGCUGGCGCAGACACUCCAAGAUGCAAUCUACCGUUGUACUGUUCAGCUUGGGUGGUUGAUGCCAAGGGUCACGGUGCAUCUGAGCGAUCUGAAGCGUGUCACCACCCUGGAUGUUCUUCGUUUCUCUCUCUACUCUCCUGAAGGAUGGUCCCCGCAAUGGGUACUGGCCGCAAUCAUCGAUCCGUCCGGGGAGACUUGGUGGUUGCUUGAGGUGACAACGGCAGAACCCGCGGUUGCUUACGCGGAGCAGUUACAGUUGGAGAGGGAGAAGCCUCCCCUAGCCUCUGCUUCUGCUGGACCAACCCCGUCCUCGGGGUUGAAGAGUAUACCGAUAUCGCGAACCACUCUUGGUAGCAUCGAGAGAGUUGCAGUCCAGCAGCUGACCUUCUGCGUUGCCAGACGUCAACUCCUUGCAAUGCAGGUUCAGAAUCAGUUACGCGAUGACGUGGUCGCACUGACAGAUCCAUCCGCCAAACGUCGCACCGGAUGGGCAUUACAGUUGCGGACGUCGGACAUGCUCCGUCACAAGGACGGUGGAAGCCCCUGGCUUGGCCCUGCUCUCAAUGUUACUUGCCAGGGCUUGUCGGUUAUCCAUCAGAGAGUCUCGCAUAUGGUAACUGGGACCAUGGUUCAAUCAGCAGCCGUCGACAUGCAGAAGCUUAUGGCCGCUUCUCCUCAAAGCAACUGUACAUUCUCCGCCAAUGGCGAUUUCUCCAUGCUUCUUUCGGCGCCGUUUGGCAAGUCGAUCAUCGACGAGCUCAAGGCACGCUUACGAGACGUGGACCGCCUGCGCUCAUUCGCAAUCAUCCUAAAGAAACGAAAGUUGAGGCUUCUGCACUCUUCCCUACAGAGCGUACACUUCCAGUACGGGAAGAAUGACACAGCUACCGUCGAUUUUGGCGACGGUGAAGCAGUCCGCGUUACCUUUCCCCCGCCCAGUGCGCAUAAUCGCAUCGCCAAGUUCCUGAACGACAUCGCCAACGACCGAGCCCCCUUCGAUCCUCCGGAAGGCGCAGUCAACGGCCUGGACCGCCUGUGCGCGGCACUCCUCUACACACGACCGCUGAUCCAUGGCCUUCAGAAGCUGGCGAAUUCUACACCAGGGAACGUGUCAAACCCUGCCAUAUUUUCCCACCAUAUAGGCCAAUAUCGCAUCACUUACGCUAACCCGCUCUGCUCCUUCGACAUCCACUUAAAACGCAAAACGAAUGAAUUGCAAUGGCACAUCGAUGACAACGACAGGAGGCCCAAAGACUCAAAGAUUGGUCUUGAACGACAUCCCAGGCAUGUCCGACUCGACUCUCUCAAAGCUGCACUCAGCGCUAUUUUUAAGACGCCCGGGGAGCGCUGGAAUGGCUUGCGCUUUGCCAUUGUCGCGCAAAUUGAUGGGAUCCCGGAUGCGCUAUGGCAACUUCAUCAGGCUGUUAUUGGAUGUGCGAUUCCAGGUGGAUAUCCGCCGCUUCCACCCGUGGGGUCGGGGACGCUGAAGGCUCCUCCGGGAGUCAAACCCGAGCAGAUGAGAGCGCAUCCGGGAGUCAAGCAAGAACAGAAGGGUGGUUCUGCGCCUAAUCCGCCCCCGUCUACCGCUAACCAAGCCCCUAUGGUCGGGGUUGGUAACAGACUACCUAAUAACAACACUCCCAUACCUGCCAAUCCAGCAGUCAGCAAACCUCCACAACCCGCGCCCGUCAAUAAACCUCCCGGCCCACCCAAUAGUAAACCUCCCACCGCUCCGAACCAGAACACCAUGGCCAAUAGACGUAAUCCCGGUCUCAACCUUAACCUGAAUUUCCCGAACGUGGGACGUGUCCCGCAAGCGAAUAUGGGGAAUCCAAACGCUCACGCAAACGCCCCUGGCGGACCCCAGAAACCACCAAUGCAAGGUAAUCCUAAUGCGGGCGGCCAUGGGGGUGGGGGAGGAGGCACGUCGAAGCAGGAUGUCAUUGAGUUGGAUUAGGGGUUCGAGCUCGCAGUCAAUCAGUCGAUGCAAACUGUUCUAGAGUCGGAGAAAAUGGACUCUAUCUCGGGAGAAUCCGGUGUGUACAUUCUUGUUCCUCAUUCCCCCUAUCGUAUUCCUCACGUUGUUUCACUCGUACUUUGUACGCGGCUCUUGGUUCUCCGCGGGAGCGGGCGUCUGAGAUAUCCUUUCCGUUUUUCAUUUUACUGGCGUGGGUCAGGAGUCGAGGGGACGAAAGGCGUCGAGGGACAGGCAAAACCGUAUCAGUUUUUCUGAGAAAACAUGUGUGAUGUUUGGGCGCGGCGUUCUUGCUGUAAUUUUAUGGAUUUUGGGGUAGGAUUAUCCCUCUGCGAAGUGUCUAGAUGGGAUAAGAUGAAUACGAAUACCAGAUAAUCGUUUCUACGAG